CGCGCACUCCGUUUCGUAGUACGCGACAUGGUGCCGACCCGGAGUUGCAUCACUUGUGGUAGUUAUGUCGUUAUAGCAACUGCCCGCGACAGCUGCGAUAUUCGAAAAUUCGAAAUCGAUGCGUGUCCACACUUACGUCAGUUGACAUCCUCGUGGUAUUUCGAUCGACACGCAACGAUAAUAAAAAGGCCCAGUGAAACGACCGAUAAAUCGUAAUGUCACGACUGUGCAGUUUGAGGUUAGCCCUCGCAACAAAAAAUACAAAAGUCCCGGAGACGCUUUUAAGCCGACUGAAGCCUAAACACGGCGAGCGAGCGCAUAAUGCGUGUUGGAUGUGUCGCAGAGGUUAUGUUCAAUACACCUCGCGAUUGGGAGCUUGCAUUUAUCCGUUCAACGAAUUGUUGAACAGAAUUAUUUAUUACAGUCGACCGGCGACACUCUCGGCAACUGCCAGAGAGAGAUAUGAGAGGUACAAAGGCAACAGAGCUAGUGGGAGGCACUUCAAGCGUCUUGGAAUGUUUUUCGGUAGCCUUGGAUUCGUAGUGGCCUUCUGCGCUGAACAAUUUAAAGACAAAGGAUUCUUUCACGCUACUCAGUGCGGUGACAUUGCAGCACUGAAAAGAGCUAUAGCGAAUGGUGUCGACGUGAAUACUAGACAUCCAUUAGGUUGGACAGCACUGCACACUGCCGCUAUAAAUCAAAUGCCCGAGGCGAUAAAAGUUCUGUUGGACAACGGUGUCGAUAUAAACGCGGGAGAUAAUUUUACUAAUGUGUACAGGACUGCUAAAGAGAAGAGCAUGCAUCUUAUGGAUGUUCUCGUAAGGAGGGAAGAGGAGUUUUCUGAUCGAUUGAACAAUCAGGCCAACUUCAAGGGUUGCACAGCAUUGCAUUAUGCAGUGCUGGCCAAUUCGAUGGCAUGCGUGCAGACAUUACUGGACGGAGGAGCAAAUCCGACCUUGGAAAACGAAGCGGGCCAUCGAGCAGUCGAGUACACUAAUAACGGAGAGAUCAGACAGAUGCUCGACCAGUAUGCCAUUAAAUACGACGAGAUAAUGAAGGAGAAGGAAUUGGAGGAACGUCGUAGAUUUCCACUGGAGCAACGUCUGAAAGAGAAUAUCGUAGGACAGGAGGGGCCAAUCUCUAUUGUAGCUUCCACUAUCAGGAGGAAGGAGAACGGUUGGAUAGACGAGGAGCAUCCGUUGGUGUUUCUGUUCCUGGGUUCAUCGGGCAUCGGCAAGACCGAGUUGGCCAAACAGGUGGCUGCUUACGUCCACAGAAAUAAACCGAACGCCUUCAUUCGGCUGGAUAUGUCCGAGUAUCAGCAGAAACACGAGGUGGCGAAGCUGAUCGGGGCGCCGCCAGGAUACGUUGGACACGAUGACGGUGGACAACUGACGAAGCUUUUAAAAAAGAACCCAUCCGCCGUUGUGCUGUUCGACGAAGUGGACAAGGCCCAUCCUGACGUCUUGACCGUUUUACUGCAACUCUUCGAUGAGGGGAGAUUAACCGACGGUAAGGGCAAGACGAUCGAAUGUAAAAACGCCAUUUUCGUGAUGACGUCGAACCUGGCGAGCGACGAGAUCGCGGAGCACGCGCUGCAACUCCGAGCGGAGGCUGAACGGGUCCUGGAGCACAGAUUGAACAACAUCGCCGGCGAGGAUCAGGAGCCAGAACGUAUCGAGAUAUCUCGCAACUUUAAGGAUCAAGUAGUCCGGCCGAUAUUGAAAGCUCAUUUUCAGAGGGACGAGUUUCUGGGGAGGAUAAACGAGAUUAUAUACUUUUUGCCGUUCUCUCGGACGGAACUGAUACAAUUGGUUGCCCGGGAAUUGGACCUCUGGGCGAAGCGUGCGAGGGAGAAGCAUAAGAUUGAUUUGAAGUGGGAUCGAGAGGUCAUGUCGGUAUUGGCGGACGGCUACGACGUCCAUUACGGCGCCCGUUCGAUCAAGUACGAGGUGGAGAGACGCGUCGUCAAUCAGCUAGCGGCGGCGCACGAGUGGGGGCUGCUCGGUAGAGAAUGUUGCGUAUUGUUGAAGGUGAAAUGGCACGAGAACGGUAGCGCGAGCAUCAUUCUCUCCGUUCGGCAGAAAGGCAAAAAGAAUUUCGUCGACAUUGUGGAAAACGUGAUAAAGACUUCAAAAUUGUUGUAGCCAUGGAUGGAGAGAGAGAGAUAGGGAUGAAGAGAAAGGGAGAACGUAGCUCUAAUUUGUUAACUUGAAUGGAACACGUUAUCUUCAUGUGAAAAACAGGAAUAUGUACUUUUGCACGUGCGAAAGUGUGAUAUCACCGAAUGUGACAGUAUGCAAUACAAACAUGUGAAUCGUUACACACAUGAACAGAUAUUCCGAUACUCUUCUCAAAGCAAUUGUAAUACAUGAAAGAUCUCUACAAUAUCUCAUUUAUAACGUGGUAAUUCGCUCGUUGGAAGUAAAUAGAAUGAAGAAAUAUAUGUUUAAUUAAAAACUG